AUGCCUCCUACCGACUUUUGCAUCUCAAAAGAAAGACUGCGGGUCUUUCGUGCAUGCUUGAAAGCAACCACCACGACUCCGGAAGUUCUGCCGGAGGGUGAUGACCGGUGGAAGGAUGGUUGGAGAAUUGUGGUGGAACUGUUGGAUCAAGCAGAAGGCAUGGCGCACUCGCAAGGGCAGCUGGACUGUGCGAAAUGCAUUGAAAGAUGCAAUCGCAUGCUUGAGAAAGUCAUGUCUGAGGAAAUGGCUGUCCUUCCAGACGUCUGUCGUCUCUGGACUCGGAACACAGACUGGGAUGGGCACUGGCCGCGCUUUGUGGAAAGGGUAGGUGCAUAUCACCUGCGGCAGGUGGAAGAAGCGAUCCCAGCUUUGGAGCAGCUGCGGCUGCGCUGGCAGGAGGAGACUGAAAACAGUCUGCCAGAAGCCUCGUGGUUGUACCAGGCUGAGUGCCAGCUAGAAUCGAUGAGGGAGGCGUUGGUGCCUUUGAAUCGGUUAGUGUGCGGACCUUUGUUUUGCAAGGUGGCUUGCGGCAUGGCGGACCGUCGCGUAUGUCGCUUGUGCGGCCUGGAGCAUGCUUCUGCUGCGGGCAGGAUGCAUGGUCGCUCCUUCUUUUGCACUGGUUGCUGGUCAGCAAAAGCGAUGCUGCAGCGCAACUUAGGCGACAGGACUGAACUUAAAGAUUUCAGUCCGGCCGAGACGCAUUCCUUCUUUCGCGCCAUUGCGAAGGAAAAGGAGAAGCAGGGAGGUCGCAUUCAGUGGGUCACCGUGCGGGCCACACUUGUGAGAUCUCUGACAGAUCGUAGGAUCUCCACUUUUCGUGCGACGUGCACCCAAAAGGAGUUACCUCUGUCGGUCUGGGUUAACCAAGGCUGGGACAAGACCCUCGUGGAAGCGUGUCCCAAUCGGUUUUCCGAUGAACUGGGCACGCAAGUGUACGCUGUCCCCGUGCGGGAAUUGUCGUGGGGAGAAGAGUAUGCAAAGAUUGAGGAGCAAGUCCUGCGACAUGAGAGAGAGGGGCAGAAAAGCAAAGGUGGAAAAAAGAAGAAGGAUAACGUUGCCAACGCAGAGGCGUCAUCCGAUGGAGAAUUGGAUUUGCCGGCUGCGGAAGGCAGUGUGUCCGAUAAGAAAGGAAAGCCGGAGGUGGACCGCAAGAAGUUGUUGGCGAAGAACGUUGCGUUAGCUGACAAAGCCGCUAAGGCCUUGGGUCCCUUGCAAGGCACGGCCACAGGUGUCUCGAAGUUGCUGGAAAAAGUGGAGAAAAGCGGCUGUGAGAUUCCUGAGGGAAUCAAACAGUCGAAAGAUGAUUGCAUGGGCAAGCUCGAGACCUGGGCGACGGCGGCUCGUGAGUGCAUCAACGUGCAUGAGUCGACCCGCGAGCUGUGGAAGGACGCUGGUGGCGAUCUGCUGCCUUUGACGGCUUUGCCGUUCGAAGGCAAUGAUGUGAAGUUGCUGCUAAAGCAAGCAACGGAAGUGCAGAGCGCAUUGCGUUCCCUGCUGCCCAAAAAGGAGGCGAAGGCGAAGGCGGCGCCCAAGGCCAAUGCUGCGGCGAAAGCGUCGCCCAAGAAGAGGGCAGAUCGCAGCCACGACAGUGAGGGCGGUGACAAGCGCCGCAAAACUGGCAAGAGCCCCCCUUGUGUGACAGCCACCGCUGCGCGCCGUAUUAUCGCGCAUCUGCGAGAUGAUGGACAAGGUCGUGGAACUUCUAAACGGAAACGGCUGAAGUUUCCAAAGGUUAGUGACGUCGUAACGACGGUAACCUUCGGAGAUCCAUGUUGCCACAUGGCUGUUACUUCUGUCCCGGCCGUGCUGCAAGCUAAGUGUGAUGGAUCGCAGUUUUUUUCUGAGUCCAUGGCAUAUGUUCUCAAAGAACAUGGUCCGCAGUUGCAUCUAGUCCUGGCUUGGGACGAAGCAACUCCAGGUAAUGUUUUGCAACCUGAUUUGCAGAGAAAGGCAGCAAUGACGUAUGGAGCCAUUGCGCAGAUGCCCGUGCUUUGGGCUGAUGAUGCUUGGAUGACACUUGCUGUCAUUCGGACUCGCGAAAUGCAGAGCAUCGCAAAUGGCUAUCCACAGUCGCUGGUUCACUAUUUACGGUGGCUCAGGCAAGAAACCCAGCAUGGCUUCACGCUUGUUCUGAAUGAUGAACCAACCCUUUGCACCAUUGCCAAAGUGUCUCUGGUAGCUGACGCAGAUGGCUUGCGUUUGCUGACCGGUUGCAAAGGAAGUUCUGCUCUGAAGCCAUGCUUCUUAUGUCAAAAUGUUUUAAACGGACAUGACAAAGUGCAGAAACACGUGCACAUCAGUUGCUGUGAUGUGCAUGCUUGCCACUUGCAAACGCAAGACAAUCUUAUCCAGAUCCAACGUCACCUCGAAACCUUGCUGUCUCGCAAGGAAAGAGAAGAAGCGGAAAAGCUAUUGGGAUGGCACCUGCAUGCCUUGUCGGCGUCUAUUUUAGUGCAAGAAGACCUCCGAAACUGGAUUCCAUUAUCAUCCUUGAGGUACGACCCCAUGCACUGCUUCCUGGCAAAUGGCAUAGUGCCUCAAGAAUUGGGGCUCUGGUAUAAUGCUCUUUUGGACAAGACCUCCUGCGACAUCGAUAAAGUACGCAGAUACGUUCUGCAAUGCUGGACAGCCUCCAAAGAGUCGACCUUGGACAUCAACAAAAUUUUCGCACAGAAAAGAUGGCAGAAAGAAAGAGACUUCCGCGGAGAUGCAUCUGAAGCUCUGUCAGUGCUACCUUUGAUGGUUGCAUUUUCCUGGGAAGUCAUAUUGCCUGAUUUUCCAGCUAUGCUGCCUCACUGCGAAUGUUUGACGGCGCUGUUAGCGCUGAUAUGCUGCUGGACUGAUGCCAAACGCAGUGGAAACCUUCAAGUGAAAAGCAUCGAGAUGCAACAGUUGCAAAAAGUUCACCUGAACAAAUUUGUUCUUUUCUUCCGGUCCUGCGUGGACCAACUGCUCAGUGCCAUGCCCUGCAGACAUGGUUUGGCCAAGUCCCCCAGGAGCCGCCGCGCCAUCCUGUGCCACCGACAAGACAACAACGGCCUGAUUGUCGCGCAGAAGCACACUUCCGGCAACGGGGAUCGACAUGAGGCCGGAUGCGAUGACACGAGGAGCCCAAAAAAAGGCCGACGUCAAGGAUUGCCCUUGACCAAAGUGGCCGCCUGUUGCGCCUGUUUCUGGUCCCUCUUCGUGUCCAGUGCAGUGACAACCGGCGUGGAGGUUUAUUCGAUCAAUCUUUGCACGCAUUACAUGUCCUGGUCAAUCGCCAAAAGUGCUUGCUUUGUGGCGGCGUUGAUGUUCAUCUCAGGUAUUUUCAAUCUGACUUUGGGGAAACUGCUCCGCUGCCUGUCCUUCAGCGACGUGAAGGGCUUGAUGGGUGCGACCGUCUUCGCAUGCGUCAGCUGCGGCUUUUUGUUCAACUUCGAACUGGAGCAUCCCACGGUGAAGAUCUCUUUGAACUCCAUGGGCCUGGUGUUGGUCUUGAUCUCCAUGGGCUUAGUGCGCGCCUUCGGUCUCAGCCUCUGCUCCAAGAUGGUGCCACCCGACACCUUGAACUCGGUCAUGACUUGGGCGACCGUGGCCAUGUCCUUGGGUCGUGGAGGUGGUUCCAUCGUCUGUUCUGUGCUGAGCCCGGACUCCUUCGCCCCGGUUCUUGUGGGGCUGUUCAUGGUCAGCAUGCUGUCGACGCUGGCAACGAGGAAGUUCAUGAAAGCCGACAUCAAGGCGAGCUAA